GACAGUUUCUGUGCAUGCAACUGGACGGAGGCGGGAGGGGCCUUCACCCCUUCUCCCGAGGAGCCGGCCAGCCUUGCUGCUUGGUGACUUCUGAGUCUUUAGUUGGCUGCCUCGCUACAGCUGGGAGACUAGAAAGCGCUGGGAGCUGCCCUUGGAUCCGUGAGGCCGGGCCAGGCACUGGGGCAGAAGGAGGGCUUGUUGGGCAGAGCCCCACGGCGCUGCUCCCCCUCCAUUCGGGCAUUGAUCUCUAGCUUCUGACUCAUGCGCUUGUGGUGCUCAGGUGAGGCACCGCCAGUCGGGCCAGAUCAUGGUGCUGAAGAUGAACAAGCUGAUGAGUAACCGUGGCAACAUGCUGCGGGAGGUGCAGCUCAUGAACCGCCUUUCGCAUCCCAACAUCCUCCGGUUCAUGGGUGUCUGCGUGCACCAGGGCCAGCUCCAUGCCUUGACUGAGUACAUCAAUGGUGGGAACCUGGAGCAGCUGCUGGACAGCCCCACCGCUCUGCCUUGGCCGGUCCGCGUCAAACUGGCCCUGGACAUCGCCCGCGGGCUGCGCUACCUGCACAGCAAGGGCAUCUUCCACCGGGACCUCACCUCCAAGAACUGCCUGGUGAGGUGUGAGGACAACGGCUACACGGCUGUCGUGGGUGACUUUGGCCUGGCUGAGAAGAUCCCGACCUACAGCGAGGGGAGUGAAAAGGAGCCUCUGGCGGUGGUGGGCUCUCCGUACUGGAUGGCGCCUGAGGUUCUGCAUGGGGAGCUCUACAAUGAGAAGGCUGACGUCUUUGCAUAUGGGAUCAUCCUCUGCGAGACCAUCGCCCGGGUGCCAGCUGACCCGGACUACCUGCCCCGCACAGAGGACUUUGGGCUUGACGUGGCCGCAUUCUGCAACCUGGUAGGAGCCGACUGUCCUGCGACCUUCCUCCAGCUGGCCUUCCACUGCUGCAGUAUGGAGCCCCCCUCCCGGCCCUCCUUCCUGGAGAUCACGCAGCGCCUGGAGGCCGUCCUGGAGCAGCCGCCGCGCAGAGACUGCCACGCUGCCCUGCAGAGGAGCGAGGGGGUCUGCGGCCUUCCCGGGAGCCCAGCGGCUGCACUGCACGGUCAUGUGGCCAAGGAGCAGCCCGCCUUCCCCACGCCUCUGUCCAGCCUGCCGGACCAGCAGCACCUGCUCCCGGACCAGCGCCUCUCGCGCAGCCAGUCGGACAUGUUCCCGCCCGGAUCAGCCGCCUUGCCCCAGGCCCAGGGUGGCACUCCGCAGCGGGUCAACCCCUUCUCUCAGCGCCAGGACCUCCAGGGGGGCAGGAUCAAGCUUUUUGACACCCCCAGCAAGUCCUUGAUCUCGCUGACCUUUGACCUGCCCCCUCCCUCGCCCUUCCCGCCAGGCACCCCCAUCACGCCGGAGCCCGCCGUGGAGGCCCACUGUGACUUCUCGGAGCCCCUCGCCUUCACCCGCAGGUGCCGCUCACUGCCAGCCUCCCCCGAGCUCUCCCGCCGAGGGCAGCCCCAGCCCCACAGCGACUGCCUCCUGGCCCUGGACUGCAGCCGCCUCCAGCCCCCCUGCUCCCCUGCCGCUGAGCUCAUGGACUGCAGCCCCGACCCCGAGCCGGCGGCCCCCACCCCCCCUCUGUCCAACGGCGGCGGCAGCAGCUUCAUCCGCACGGCUGUCUCUGGGCUCCAGCCGUGGCCCCCCAACGGGCUGCUCCUGAACAACAACAGCAAGCCCCACGGCUGGGGUGGGAGGUUCUCGGAGCUCAGCGUGCCCCCCACCGUGGACGGGGUGCCCUCGGAACACACGGGCGCGGCCCUGGCCCUGAGCGCCCCUGGUGGCGGCGGCAGUGGCGGCAGCAGCGCCGGCGCCGCCGUGAUGGAGCAGGAGGAGGCGCUGGCUUGCCCCGCCUGCUGCCUGGGCCCCUUCAGCUUCAGCUUUGCCUCCGUCUGCCACCGGCCAGCCGCCAGCACCCCCCGCUACCAGAACCUCAACUGCGAGGCCAAGAGCCUCCUGUGCCCGGACAGGCUCCAGCAGCACCACCCCAAGGGCCCGGGGCCCGUGCUGGCCGAGCCCAGCCUCACGUUGCCCGAAGCCCAGUCCUAAGGCUGGGGGGUGGGCUGCGCUACGGACACACCCUGCUGGGGGCAGAAGAGGGCCGGACGCCCACGGCGGCGGCAGGCAGACAGCUCCCCUCCUCGUAGCAGCCUCAGGGAUGCAGCCGCUGCAGCAGCUCCCCCCCCCCGUGAACGAGACC